CGUCGUCUCUCAGUGUCUAUCCAACGAGUAAACUGUGCGGCCCGACAUUUUUAUUUUCCUCCUUGUAGGAAUUCUAACUCGAAAACCCAUAAAAUAUUCCAUCGAGCGAUAAAUUGGUGUGAAGAAAAAGCAGAAAAAGUGACCUUUGCUGUCGCAUUUUCCCACCAAAGCGAACUUCCUGCAGAAUUUUCCGCGCGCGAAAAAAACCGUUUUUGGUGUAAUCUUGCAAAAAUGGUGAAGAAGAAGUGAUUCUGUGGCGAGAAUUUUCCGUGGGCGAGACAAUUUUGUUAUGUGAAAAGCGAAUUUUGUGAUUUUUAGUUUAAAUAAAAAUAAGUUUUGUGAUUUUUCUGUGGAAUAAAUUUUGAGUUUUUCGUGAAAAGGCAGCUAAUUAAUAAAAAUGGCAGCCUCAACAUCCAUUGUCUUGAAGAGUUUAUCAAUACUCCUGGGACUUUUCUUCAUUUUCAUCGGUACAAUGAAGCUCAGCCCAUAUUUCAGCAAGGAACUCCACAGAGAUUUGCGGAAGGAGUAUGUGAAAUAUGCAAAAGUUUUCCCAAUGGCGUCGCUCUUUGACCUCAAAAUCCCAUCCAAAUGGUAUCGACGGGUGGUUGGUAUACUCGAAGUUGUCUGCGGACUCGCCAUGGUGUUUAUACCAUUUCAUAAAGUCAAAAAUGCUGCCAACAUCACACUCCUGGCUCUUAUGCUACUUGCCGUCUACUCACACUACAUGGUCAGUGAUCCUUUUGAGAGAUCUGGGCCAGCUCUCGUCUUCACAUUCAUGCUCGGUGGACGAUUGGUUGUGUGGUAUCAGAUAAACCGACGUGAACUGGAGGCUCAGGCUGCUGCUCAGGCCACAGCAAAUGGUCUCAAACAGGACUAAAUUACGCCACAAGCAGCAAAUUAGGCAUUAGCAACAUAGAAAAUAAGAACCAAUUAAAGAAAAAAUGAAAUGGAAAAAUGAAGAAAAUCCCAUUAUGACUGAUUCACCGUAUUGUGUUAAUAUAUUUGCGUAAAUCUUCAGCGUAUAAUCUUCCAUCACACACUUUUAGAUAAAAAAUUAAUUCCUUGCUGAAUGUGGAGAAUGAUAGCAAUAAUUGGAUUUUUUUUAAUGGUGUAGUAAAGGACAUUUUUAUGGACACUCUCUAAGUGUUGGUGUCGUGCAGAAAAUAAUGAAAAAAAAAAACAUUUGGAAAUGGUUUCUUAUUCAUGGAAUAACAAAUAAAUAAGAACAUCGAUGUAUAAAUCGUUCUUUACUUCAUGAUUUUUCGUAAAAUUACAAAAUGAAUGGAGAGUAAAUAGUAAAAAAAAAACUUACCAAAUGUAGUGUCGAUUUUUGCAAGCAAAUUGUCGUGAUUUUGAUAAAUUGUAUUGCACAAAUGAAGAAUAAAAUACAAGGAAUUUGAUUAAGACACGGAA